CCAAGAAAGAUAAUAAAACCCAGCCCAAAACCUAAAACCCUGAAAAUUUUCCAGUUCAACGAAACCCAAUAGCAAGAAGAACGAUGAAGUAAAGCAAAGGAGACGGCUAAGGAGAGGAGGGAGAUCUUUCAACAGAGUAAAUGUUUGCUGCGAGGAAUGUUCACAGGCACUGCUUUAAGACACUCUCUUCUCUCUUAUUUUCCAGUUCCUGCAGUUAUUGAUUAGAUUGUUGGCAGCGUGGUGGGAACUUUUACAUGAUGAAGUAUGAUUGAAUUUGGUUCCUUAAAUUGCAGAAAUGCCAUGUUAGUAAAGGAUUUAGGUCCAAAGCUCACCUGCAUCGAUGUGAUUCCACCAAAUAGUACUUGUGAAUACUGGUUUCCUCUAAUUUCCCCAUUGAAUCAUCCCUUCAAUAUUGGAGGGUGCCGCGGAAUGUCUACUCCGAGAGGAAGGAGCAUGAGAGGCAGGGUGGAAAGACGGAUGCAAAAAGAAUCUGGUAAAACAGUUAGAGAGAUUCGGAGAGCAAAAAAAUUGAAGAAGAAACUGAUGACUGAUGAGGAGAGGCUCAUUUACAACCUCAAGAGAGCAAAGAAGAAAGUUGCAUUGCUCCUACAAAAGCUCAAGAAAUAUGAACUACCAGAGCUGCCACCCCCUGUGCAUGACCCUGAGCUGUUGACACCAGAGCAGCUUCAGGCAUAUAAGAAGAUUGGGUUCAGGAAUAAAAAUUAUGUUCCUGUCGGUGUUCGUGGAGUCUUUGGAGGUGUUGUCCAGAAUAUGCAUCUUCAUUGGAAGUUUCAUGAGACUGUGCAAGUAUGCUGUGACAACUUCCCCAAAGAAAAAAUAAAGGAAAUGGCCACCAUGCUAGCAAGACUGAGUGGUGGCGUUGUAAUAAAUGUUCAUAACGUGAAGACAAUUAUCAUGUUCCGGGGCAGAAAUUAUCGCCAACCAAAAAAUUUGAUACCUAUUAACACUCUCACAAAAAGAAAGGCAUUAUUUAAAGCCAGAUUUGAGCAAGCUCUUGAAUCUCAGAAGUUAAACAUCAAGAAAAUAGAACAGCAGCUCCGGCGAAUGGGUGUAAACCCAGAGGAUCCAGUUGCCAUGGCUAGCAUCCAGAGAGUGGCUUCCACAUUCUUCAAUGCUAUUGACAAGAAGGAAGGAACUCCUUAUGUCUUUCAAGGGGAACAACAGCCAAUAUUACAUCUGAGUGAUAAUUUGGAACAUCAAGAACCCGUUGCUGAUAGUGACCAGGAGGACUUGGACAAGUUUAUAGCUGAAAUAGAGGAUGCUGCAGAUAGAGAGUGGGCUGCAGAAGAAGCUGCAGAGCAAGAAGAAUUGGGCAAGAUUAGGUAUUGGAAUAAAGAAGAUUUUGGUGGAAGGAUUAGAAGAUCAGAGAUGCAUAGAAAUGAAGUUACUGAUGGAGAGGAUAGAGGAGCAAGGUGCUGGAAAACUGCGCAUGAGAAGAAGAGGAGUGCUGAUAGAGAUGAUGAUAGUGACAUGUCUGAGAAAAAUGAUCAGUGGGAUUCUGAUGAUGCUGGGGAUGAUCUUGAGAGCGAUGCUGAUGAUUUCAAUGCAGCUCACCGUGUUCACAGUAGAACUAGAGAUGUUCACAGGAAGCAGGAUGGGUUUGGUAGAGCCUAUAAUUUUAAGGGUUCCAGAAGAAAUGCAGGAGCUAAAUUCGAAGAAAAGGUGGUUGAAGAAGAUUCUGAACCAGAGAGUAUGUUAAGUGAUCUUGACAAUGCAAUGCAUGAAUCAGAUUCUGAGGAAGAACAUGAACUGAGAGAAUCAAGAGCAGAGGCAAGUCGUAGCUUUCAGAGCAAGAGAUACAAAUCAGAAGAUAUGUUGAGUGAUCUCGACAAUGCAAUGUGGGAAUCAAAUUAUGAGCAUGAUAAUGAGUCGAGGGCAUCAAGCAUGGAAGCAAGUCAUAAUUUCCAGAGCAGCAGUGAUGAAGAAGAGGAUAUUUAUCCCAUGAAUAGAAAUGAGAUUGGGGUGAAUGAUAACUUGAGGAGAAAGACUGUUCUGGAAGAUUCGGGGUCCAAAGAUGCGUUUGGCGAUUCAGAAUUUGCAACGUGGGAAUCAGAUACUGGAGAAGACUUCGGAGCAGGCACUGAAGGGAAACACAGUAGUGUGACCAGAGAUGAAAAUGAGGAUUUUCGCCGGAAGCAUGGAGGGAAUCAUAAGAAGACACCAAAAGAGGUGGAUGAGAAUUGGGAUAGUGAUUAGCUCAGUACUUGAGGGAGCCACCUCCAUUCCAUGUCAAGUCACUCAAGCUGAGUAAAUUAAACUUUUUUAUUCAAUUGAAAGCAGAGUUUAUUUUACUUGAACCCCACUAAUGCCUAAGAUUUUUGCAUACUUGCAUCUUUGGGGAAGAAAGCAAUGCAGAAGGUGCAGUAGCUGUUAAAAAGAGAGAAAAAAUGAAUAGCGUCUGAACAUUCAGUGGAAGAAUGAAUAAUUCGAUUGUCCCAUUUCUUGAAGCAUCUGUAGCAAUUUUAUUGUGCUGAAUCAUUGAAUCCUGUGUUCCCAUAUAGCUGAAGGUUGAAAUAGUUAUUUCAUGAUGAGUCCUGACCUGAAUUACGCAAUUGGACAACUUUAUUUAUUAUUACUUAUUUUCAUAAAAUUCCAUCUUGUUAUUUCUGGAUUUGAAUAUAAAGCCUUCCAAAACUUUUA